AUCCUGCUGGGCAUUCCUGGCCUGGAGGCUGCCCAUAUCUGGAUCUCCAUCCCCUUCUGUGCUAUGUACGCCAUAGCCGUGUUGGGGAACUUCACCAUCCUGUUCAUCGUGAAGAGGGAGCCGAGCCUCCAUGAGCCCAUGUUCUAUUUCCUUUGCAUGCUGGCUGUCACUGACCUGGUCAUGUCCACAUCCACUGUACCCAAAAUGCUGAGCAUCUUUUGGUUCAAUUCCAGGGAGAUCAGUUUCAGUGCCUGCCUCACCCAGAUGUACUUUGUUCACUCCCUCACAGGGAUGGAGUCUGGAAUCCUCGUGGCCAUGGCUCUGGAUCGCUACGUGGCCAUCUGCCAUCCCCUGAGACAUUCCACCAUCCUGACAAACUCUGUUGUGGCCAAGAUAGGCCUGGCCGUGGUGCUGCGCAGUGGUUUAUUCGUAUUGCCCUUUCCUGUCCUAAUAAGGCAGUGGCCAUAUUGCAGAACCAACAUCAUCCCCCACUUCUAUUGUCGGCAUAUGGCUGUGGUGAGAGUGGCCUGCGCUGACAUCCUCGUCCAUAGUUACUAUGGCCUGUUUGGUCUUCUCGCUAUGAUUGGAAUGGAUGUGUCUUUUAUCGCCAUGUCCUAUACUCAGAUCCUCCGGGCAAUCUUCCGCCUCCCCACAAAGGAUGCCCGGGUCAAAACUUUUGGGACCUGCAUCUCUCAUCUUUGUGCCAUCUCAGCUUUGUACAUCCCAGAUUUAUUAUCCUCUCUCAUGCUGCGGUUUGGUCACAAUGUACCACUGUAUGUCCCCAUUAUCAGUAUCGGUGUGUACCACCUUGUCCCCCCUGUUCUGCACCCCAUCAUUUAUGGGGUGAGGACCAAACAGAUCCGGGGCAAGCUGCUUGAGAUGCUGGGAGUUGCCAAGGCCAUCCCAGGUCACCUGCUGCACCUACAGGCCUGUGUGGAUGGGCUGACAUUGAAUCUAUGCAAUGUCUUCCCCUGA